AUGAUUCCAGAACUACUUUUCUCGCCGGAAGGUCGAUUGUACCAGGUCGAGUAUGCUAUGGAAGCCAUUUCACAUGCGGGUACCUCACUUGGCAUCUUGGCUAAGGAUGGAAUACUGUUGGCAGCCGAGCGUCGCAACACAAACAAACUGUUGGACAACGUUAUCUUCUCGGAGAAGAUCUACAAAUUGAACGAUGAUAUGGUGUGUUCGGUGGCCGGCAUUACGUCCGAUGCGAAUGUCCUUACCAAUCUGCUGCGAGUUAUCGCCCAGCGGUACCAACUGAACUAUGGGGAAGCUAUGCCCUGUGAACAGCUUGUGUCGCACUUGUGUGAUGUGAAGCAGGCGUACACCCAGUACGGUGGCAAGCGGCCUUUCGGUGUGUCCAUCCUCUAUAUGGGAUGGGAUAAACACUACGGAUACCAGCUGUACCAGUCGGACCCUAGCGGAAACUAUGGUGGAUGGAAAGCCACCUGCAUUGGAAACAAUUCGGCGGCCGCUGUUUCUGCGCUUAAGCAGGAACUGAGUGAUAGUGACAUCAGUUUAGUGCAGGCACAGGAUUUGGCCGUAAAAGUACUGUCCAAGACGCUGGACAUGACCAAGCUUACGUCGGAGAAGAUUGAAAUGGCUGUUCUUACCCGUGAAAAUAACAAAACGGUCAUAAAAAUUCUGUCCAGCACUGAGGUUGAUGGAUUAAUUGCAAAAUACGAGAAGGCAGAAGCUGAAGCGGAAGCUGCCAAGAAGGAGAAGCUGGGUCAAAAAUCAUAAUUCGCAUGUAAGUGUUCUGUUCAGGAAGAGAUGGCAACAGAUGAGGGGAAGGAAGCAUUAAAAUAAUAAAAAAAAGCACCGAAGAGUGCUAUCUUUCACGAUUCUUAA